GAAAAAAAUCGAAGAUUAUUUUCCUCAUUAUAUUUAAUUAAUGUUGAUAAUAAUUUCCAUAUGUUUAUUUCUGAAUGUUCAACAUUUUACAUCGUUUCUUGAAAUUGUGCACUUACAGUAAAUGAACAAUAUGAACAGAGGACGCAGAAUUAUUAUUAUCCGUUUAUAACCCAGAGAUUUUCAUCCUCGUUCAAAGACGUCGCGUCAUAAACGAAGAGGUGACAUUCUGGAGUAAAUGACGUCACUCACGUCAUCAAUCCAGAUCAGCUGUUCAUCUCUUCGGUCGACGCUUGCUCGGUGUUGUUUUUCCCUUGGCCGGAUAGAAGUGACGGGACGGAGUCGACGACCUGGAGUUAAGUUUUACGAGGAACUGUUAUGAGAUCGGAACGAAGCAAAGAUCGCUCAAAUCGACGACGCCAACUGUUAUCGUGAGUCUUGGCGUAAAAUUCCGCACAAACCGAUUGACGUCUUAAAUGAGUACCACGUAGUGGAGCGUAGUAUCGUUUAAUUCCAAGUUUUAACUUGACUCGUCGCACAUGACAUGAGACGUUGAAGUACUGAAAGGCGGGAAACGAUCCUAUCGGCCAGGGCGAGAGGAUGGGGCAGACGCUCAGCGAACCGGUGACGAAGAAGAAAUCGGCCUGUUGCCGGGACAGCAAUUAUCGUGUCGGUAGCUCCUGCAUGCAAGGAUGGCGCAUUAAGAUGGAAGAUUCGCACGUGCACAUACUCUCCUUGCCCAGUGACCCAGGCAGUGCGUUCUUUGCAGUCUACGAUGGACAUGGGGGUGCAACCAUGGCGCAGCACGCUGGCAAACAUCUUCAUGAGUACAUAACUAAAAGAAGCGAGUACAAAGCGGGCGAUAUUGUGGAAGGUAUACAGCAAGGCUUUCUGGAACUGGACAAAGCGAUGCAGAACAACGCGACUCUAAGGGAUGAACACGCUGGGACCACUGUCAUCGCGCUACUUGUCAAGGAUAACAUUUUGUACAGCGCUAACGCGGGUGAUAGCAGAGCGGUGGCCUGUAUCGGUGGCAGGACGGUGCCCCUUAGCCGAGAUCACAAACCCACGUUGAAGGACGAGCGCAAGCGAAUCGAAGCGGCAGGUGGUUUUGUCGAGUACAAAAGGGUCAACGGCAAUCUUGCGUUGUCUCGCGCCCUUGGGGACUUCAUAUUUAAGCGAAACGAUCAUAAAUCAGCGCAGGAACAAAUCGUGACUGCCUUCCCCGAGGUACAACAAUUUCCUAUAACCGAAGAGUGGGAGUUCGUUGUUCUGGCGUGCGACGGUAUCUGGGACGUGAUGACCAGCGAAGAGGUUGUUAAAUUCGUGAGGACGCGAAUAGCCCAGAUGAAACUUGGCGAUGCGGAGUCGCAUCGCAACGUUACGAUACAUCCCGAGGAGAUCUGCGAAGAGCUUCUAAACUGUUGCUUGGCCCCGGACGCUCUUAUGGGCACGGGUUGUGAUAAUAUGACAGUGAUACUCGUGUGUUUUCUUCACGGCAAACCGUGUUCGCAAUUGGUGUUGCGCUGCCAGGACUUACCGCCGAGUAUAGAUCUAUAACUAGUUUUUUUUAUUUAAAUUUAGCGAAAAAGAUAAAUUAAUUGUUUGACCUAAAUUAUAUUGUUACGUGUAUUUUACUUUCGUCUAUAUACCUUGACUUUUGAUAUAGUAAUAUUUGUUAUGACAAUGUAUUACACAAUACACUGGCUUUGUUGAUAAAGAUGAGCGGACGUAUAUUUAUAAAAUA